GUUUAAAUGCUCUUGACAGUUCCUCGUUCAGGAUGUGUGCUGAGUUUUUCUCGGUAAGCCACAAAGUGUUUGCAUCAGUUCUGUUGCGGCUGCAGAGAGUUUCACACACUCAUUUACCAAAGGAGCAGAAUCUGACCUCAGACAACAAUGGGUGAGAUUAAUGUGGAGGACUUUUUUAGCAAAACCAAUAACACAGCACCAGUUAACCCUGUAGACUGUGAGGUUCCUUUAUGCGAGAAAAUUAAUGUCAUCCAGUUUGGUGCAGCAUUUCUCCCAGCGUUCUACUACACCAACUUCUUGCUGAGCUUGGUGGGGAAUGGACUGGUGCUGUACAUCAUCUACAAAUAUGAGAAGCUUACAACGGUCACCAACAUCUUCUUGCUCAACCUCGUCAUCUCGGACCUGAUCUUCGCCUUCAGCCUUCCCUUUUGGGCAGUCUACCACAAGUCAGAAUGGAUCUUUGGCAGAGGCCUUUGCAAGUUGGUGGGAAGCUGUUAUUUCAUCGGCUUCAACAGCUCCAUCCUCUUCCUCACUCUCCUGACUUUUGACCGCUACCUUGCGGUAGUCCACGCCAUCAGUGCAGUCCAGAGCAGGAAGAAAAAAUAUGCGUUUACAUCGUCCGCCAUCGUCUGGGUGUUCAGUAUAUUGGCUAGUAUAAAGGAUAUAGUUCUUUAUGAUGUGAUGGAUGAUCUAAAUCGUAGGCUGUGCGAAAUGACUGGUUACAUCCAGUCUACCCUCACAAAGUGGGAGCUGAUCGGCUAUUAUCAGCAGUUUCUCUUUUUCUUCCUAGUGCCUCUAGUUAUUGUCCUGUACUGCUAUUCCCGCAUAAUCAUCAGGAUCAUGUCCACACGCAUGGUGGAGAAGUGCAGGGCGGUCAAACUCAUCUUUGUCAUUGUCUUCACCUUCUUCAUCUGCUGGACGCCUUACAACGUGGUCAUUCUGUUAAAAGCCAUCAAGACAUCCUUUGCAGACCCGUGUAAUUGCUCAGAAGCCCUCGACUACGCUCUGUACGUAACGCGUAACUUUGCCUACCUGUACUGCUGCAUCAGCCCUGUCUUUUAUACCUUUUUGGGGAAGAAGUUUCAACGCCAUUUUCUGAAACUUUUGGCCAAGCGUCUACCAUGUUUGAAGAUCAAUACAUUGCUCUCAGAGCCAAGCAGUAAAACCACAACAUCAGUCAGGAGCCCAACACUGAUUACUGAUCAUUCACGUGACCAACAAGUGUCUGAUUGAAAAUUUGUUGUUGGACACAAAUUGGAUCAACGAGAGAAAGAGAAAAACAAAGAAUCCAAGAUGCAAUGUUUGACCAAUGUAUGUUGUCUGACCAUUAAUACAUAUAUAUAUUCAAUAAUUUCUCAUUUAAUGCAUAUUAAUGCAUACUAAUUAGUAGAGUGUCUAAAGACCUCCAUCAAUUUUACCAAAUGGAGCAAAAGUAUUGAUAAAAAACAAAUUGAAAAAUAUUUUACAGUUCAUGUGAUGUACAUAUAUGUAAAUAUUCCUUCAUAAACAUCCUUUUGAUGACAAAAAAUUAUACAAUUAUUUUCUCAUUUAAUGUAUAUUAAUGAAUAGUAUAUGUCUACCUAAUUGAGAAAAGGCAUUUAAUAAUAAUUACUGUUAAUAAUAAUUACUAUACAAUUGAUGUACAUGUAUUUAUUCCUUCACAAAUAUCGCUUUGAUGACAUCAAAACCAAAAAAAAAAAAAAAAAAAAAAAGAAAAAAAGAAAGAAAGAAAAAAAAAGAAAAAAAAAAAACUUCUUUGAAAGAGUGUCAUUGCAACAUAAUGUUGAAUGUGUAACCCUAGUCCUAAUCUAUGGGUUCUUUAGCAAUAUAUAGCUAUCAAAUCUGUACGCUAUUUUAUUUUAUUCUGUAAGGAGUAAUUUUUUUUGUGUGUAAAAUAUAUUGUUUUAAGAGUUCUUCAAGUAUGGCAAAUUAAUGAUUUUAUAUUGCUGUUAAUUGCUGGUGUAGCCUAUGCUGAGAAGUAAAAUAUUAGUGACCAGAAUCUUAAUGAUAUUAUUAUUUCAGUGUAUCACAUCUUCAUUUUGAGCAUGAACUCAGUCUCUACAUUGUGUUUUGUGUGUGUUUGGAUCUGAUUUUAAUGCCAAUAAAUGAUUCUAAAUAA